AUGUCUUCCUCAGAUAGCUCGUCGUCCCCGGACACUACGCCCACCACGCCCAUCUCCACCGACAGCGACGCACUGUCGAAACCAGCAUUGUACACGACAUCGUCUGUAUUCCUGAAGACGCUCUCCGAAGCAGGCAUCACCCACAUCUUCGCCAACUGGGGUAACGACCACCCUGCGAUACUAGAGGACCUCGAGCGGCAGCGCUCCGAGCGAGGCGGGAAGCCCCUUCUAGAGAUCGUAACAUGUCCGAACGAGAUGGUCGCGCUCAGCGCCGCGCAGGGGUAUGCGCAGGUGACGGGCAAACCUGCCGCGGUUAUCGUGCACGUCGACGUCGGGACGCAGGCACUUGCAGGUGCAGUGCACAAUGUGGACAAAGGCAACACUCCGGUCAUCAUCUUCGCCGGAGCGUCUCCGUACACCGUCAGCGGUGAAUUGAAAGGAUCGAAGAACGAAUGGCCGAUGUGGGGCCAAGAUGUGCACGACCAGCCCGCUAUCGUGCGCCAGUUCAUGCGCUUUACUGCCGAGAUCAUGAACGGUAAAGCGGUCGCGAAGACCGUCAUGCGUGCCUGGCAAUUUGCUACUAGUGCCCCCACUGGACCGGUGUAUCUCUGGGCACGGAGAGAAGUCCUGGAGGAAGAAAUGGAAGAAUCAGUGAUGAAUACACCGCUCGACGUCACUAAGUGGCCGCCAAUUGCGCCCAGUGGCCUGUCACCUACCGCCGUGAGGACCAUUGUCGAGGCUCUCACCACUGCCAAGUUUCCUAUGAUCAUAGUCGCCAGCUCCGGUAGGAACCACCACACGGUCCCGCUCCUGCAGACCCUAUCCCAUCUGCGCUCCAUCGGCGUAUUCUUGUCCGUCUCCCAGUACCUCUCUAUCCCCUUCAGCCACCCGUACCUGCUUGGCCAAUCAUUCGACGGGACAAACCCCUACCUCGAGGAAGCGGAUGUCGUGAUCACGCUAGACACAGACAUCCCGUACAUCGAGGCGAAUGGAAGCAGGAUCCGUCCAGACGCGCGUGUCUUCGUCAUCGACGCCGACCCACUCAAGCAGCAGAUGGGCUGGUCCCAUGUAGACGCAGAGCUCCUCUGCAGGGCCGACGCCCACGUCGCGCUCGGGCAAUUGGUCACCGGAAUCCGUGCCGCGGACGCCGAAGCCAUCAACGACAACCAAAUCCAAGAGCUAGUGAAGGCACGCGGCGAGCGGUUGAAGGCCCUCCACGACGAAUGGAUCGAUCAGCUUGUUGCAGAUGAGGGCCGCAUGUCGUUGAACGGGAAGACACCGACUGUGCCGUACAUCCUCGGCACCCUACGGGAAACGGUGAAGGCACAGACUGUGAGCCACGGCGAGAACGUGUUGUGGCUGAACGAGGGCAUCAGCAACUGCCACAAUGUGUGGAACCACAUCCGACCGGACAAGCCUGGACAGAUGUUCAUGUCGGGAGGCUCGAGCCUCGGAUGGGCACUGGGCGCAGCUACGGGUGCUCGUCUCGGUGCACGAGCGGCGCAGAAGGACUUCGAACUGAUCACAGCUGUCGUCGGGGACGGCACCUACUUGUUUGGCGUCCCGAGUACAGCAUAUUGGCUAUCGAGGAGAUAUGACGCGCCGUUCUUGACGAUUGUGCUGAACAACGGUGGCUGGGCGUCGCCUCGCUUGUCCAUGUUGGGAGUGCACCCGCACGGGCUCGGCAGCAAGGCUUCCGCGCAACAGCUGAGCGUCAGCUUCGGCCCUGACAUGCCUGACUACGCGGGCAUCGCAGCAGCAGCAGGUGGGGCGUGGGGUCGCAGAGUCGAGCGCGCAGAGGACAUUCAGGCCACACUGGAAGAAGCGGUCCGAGUAGUUGUCCAGGAGAGGCGCAGCGCCGUGGUUGAUUGUCUCCUUGAUUUGAUUGGUACGUAA